AGGACAUGCAGGAUAAGGAGUUUGCUGCUAUUCUGCAAGAUGAGCCCAUGCAGCCACUGGCACUGGAGCCUCUCACUGAGGAGGAGCAGAGGAACUUCUCCAUGUCUGUGAACAGCGUGGCUGUGAUGAGGCUCAUGGGUAAAGGAGGUGGAGUCGCCCCAGCGGGCAUGGCCCGAGGCAGAGGCACCACACGAGGUGGAGGCCGAGGGCGAGGCCGAGGAGAGAGUGGAGGAUUCUACCAAAGAAGUAUUGAGGAGGGAGAGGUGGGCUUCGGCCGCGGAGCCAGAGAGAUCUAUCGCAGCCAGAGCUGGGAUGACAGGGGCGAGAGGCGUUUUGAGAAGCCUGCGCGUGCCAGGGAGGGGGUACGUGUUGGGUUAGAGGAGGUGACGGGUGUCCCUGUGCCGGGGGUGCCGAGGAAGGACUACACGCGGUCUGACAGUGAGAACUGGCGUACCCUCAGAGAGGAGCAGGAAGAAGAGGAGGGGGCCGACCCAGGAGGCAGCUGGAGACUGGCCGGAGCACGUAGAUUAGAUGACGGAGGUCCAAGGUCUGCAGGCUGGCGGGAGCACGACGGUCCAGUUGAGGGGCGUCGCAGGAAGUGUGAGUUUGACUUCGGCGGAGGUCGCAGGCGGGCCGGGAGCGAAGGGUUAGAUGACGACAGAGACGGACUGCCUGAGUGGUGCACUGAUGAAGAGGACGGAGAAAUGGGCACCUUCGACGCAUCCGGAGCUUUCCUCCCCCUAUCCAAGGAUGAGGAGUUUGACUUCCAGGGGAUAGAGGAGGAGGAAGAGAGCCUGUCUGGCAUGGAGAGGAUCAUGAAUGGAGGACAGAGAGUUGACGUCAAGGAAUCAGCCAGUGACGGGGAGGUGAAGAACAGAACCAGCCCCCCCUCCUCCUCUCCCCCUGCCCCUCCAGCCCUGGGCCUCAACCCCCCCAUGCCCCAGCUCUCCCUCACAGUGGCUGAGCUGGAGGCCUCUCAGAUGGCCGACAGCCACCCUCUUCCUGCUCCUCUCCCUGCUCCUGCUCCUCUCGCUGUUCCUGUCCCUGCCAAGGCCAGCAAGAUGCCAAGUGAAGUAGUAGUUCCUGAAGGAUCACCAGCAGAGGGCUCCACCACCCAGCAGAGCCCCAGCACCUCCUCCAGUCUGCCUUCACCCCCUCCCUCCGUCUCCUCCUCCUCUGCUGCUACCCACCUCCCCCCGCCACCAGGGGGUGACACCGAGGACGACGAGGGCAUGAAGCACCUGCAACAGGAGGCAGAGAAGAUGGUGGCGUCCCUGCAGGACACAUCUCUAGAGGAGGAGUGUUUUACCCAGACGCUGCAGGAGAGCAGAAACACAGCCUCCGCCCUGCCCCUCUCCCACGACGCUGCCAUGAAGUGGUUCUACAAGGACCCCCAGGCAGAGAUCCAGGGUCCGUUCACCACGCUGGAGAUGUACGAGUGGUUCCAGGCGGGUUACUUCUCCAUGUCUCUGCUGGUGAAGAGGGGCUGCGACGAGGGCUUUCAGCCGCUGGGCGACGUCAUCAAGAUGUGGGCGCGUGCCUUUCGCCCCGGGCCCUCCCCACCGCCCUUAGUAGGUAACAUGGAUCAGGACCGUCUGAAGAAGCAGCAGCAACAGGACUUGGCGGCAGCAGCUCUCUAUCAGCAGCUCCAGCAGCAGCAGCAGCUAUUCCAGCUCAUCAACAGGUGUGGAGAACAAGGUAUGAUGCCUUCAGUGAACAGGUCAAUGUCAGUGCCAGAUACAGGGUCCAUGUGGGACAUGCAUACCUCAGCUUCACAGCAAUCAGGCGGUGAAGCCAGUUUAUGGGACUUAACAAUGAAUUCUUCAACUCAGGGUCCAACACUCGAACAGCUUCAGAAGCUCCAGCAGGAGAGGAGGGAGGCUGAACUCAGGACGAAGCGCGAAGAGGAGGAGCAGCGCAAGAGGAGAGAGGAGAAAAGGAGGCAGCAGGAGGAGCAGAAGAGGAGGGAGGAGGAGGAGAUCUUCAGACGCAAACAGUGUCGCCAGCAGCAGGAUCUGAUCAUGAAGCUCCUCCAGCAGGCACCUCAGCAGGGCUCAGGGUCCGGGGUGGGGUCUGGCUGGGGCACUGGGGGCCUCAACAAGCCAGGGGCCAAGGGCCUCAGUCUGCUGGACAUGCAGGAAGCCGAGAGGCUUCUCAAACAGCAGCAGAGAGCCCAGCAGCAACAGAGGGAACGCCAUCAAGGCAUGUCCAUGGGUCAGUGGGGGGACGGAGGUGCCGUCCCAGGGGGCCUGUGGGGAGGCGGAGGGGGGAUGGAGGGUAAGGCUGGGGGCGGCGGGGCCAUGGGUCUGUGGGAGGAGGCGGUGAAGAACCAGUCCAGAGGUGGCAGCAUGCAGGGUCUGAAGAACAGCCGCAGCAGCCCUUCACUCAGUGAGCAGUAUAUGUUAAGUCGUAGGAAGCAGCGUACGGAGGAGGAGGACAAGCUGCUGAAGCUGCUGCAGGGCAUCAAGACGCCUCAGGACGGGUUCACCACCUGGUGUGAACAGAUGCUGCAUGCCCUCAACACCCAAGCCAACAACACCUCCUCCCCACUGGACGUGUCCACAAUCGUGGCGUACCUGAAGGAGGUAGAGUCUCCCUACGAGGUGUUGGACUUUAUCUGCUCCUACCUGGGAGACACCAUGGAAGCCAAAGAGUUCGCCAAGCAGUUCCUGGAGCGCCGUGCCAAACAGAAACAGAACCAGAAGAGGCAGCAGGAGCAGCUAUCAAAGGAAGUAGCAGGGCUGACCAUGAACAACUUCCCUCUGCAGGACUCCAUGCGGGGCAUGAACCCCAGCGCCCUGCAGUCUAUGUUCCAGGCGGCCCACAUGGCUAAGGGAGGGAUGUACGACGCCCAGGGGGGCAUGAAGAAGAAGAAACAGCCCGUGAUGCUGCAGUCUGACCCCAGCAUCCUAGGCUACUCGUUCCACAACGCGGGCGAGCGUCUGAACCUAAAUGAGAUGGAGAUGGUGGAGGAUUACUGAUCCAGAUCUGAUCAGCAGCGGCAAUAGCUACUACCUGAGGCCUUCUGUCUACUAAUCAGACAAACCUGAUGACGAAUGUGCACUGCUAGGGGAUGGGGGGGGGGG